AUGCUUUCGGGCGCCUUGUCGGCCAGAUCCUACCUCGAGCUAAGUGAACUGGCCCCGAGGGCCGAAACAUCUCAAAGCUCCGAAACUCCUCAUAGCUGGGAAUCCGCUCCUGGAACUCCUCUACAACGCGACGGCAAGUCCGACCCGCGUGUACAACUCAGGCAGACAUUACCAGCAAUGUCGGAGAAGACCGAACCGGGGCCAGAUCGACCCGUGCGUAAACGAGGCCGACCUAGACUGGAAACAGCUAAGGAUGCUAUUGCGAUUGAGGAACGGCGCUUGCAAAUUCGUCGCGCUCAACAAGUGCUAGAACAGACACUACAGAAUGUGGCCAACAUAAUCAGUGCAACAGAUAAUAGCACCCCGGGCACGGGACCAGCUGCACAUGACCAAGGCCGCACCAAACAACUGAUCCUAGCUGAAAUUAACAAAACCCGGUCAUCCUCAGACGAAACCUUCUCGCUCGAUCGCAGUCAAUAUAUAACCCAGAGCUCCGAAACCCUGCGCGACAUAUUCGGAUACCACGUCUCCCACUCAGAACACCAAGCAUCCGAAUCAAGUCCUCAGAGGAGAUCCAGGUUCGUCGCCAGAUCUCCUUCCCCACUCCUAAAUCGUCUAUUCCCCACAACAACAAUCUACACCUACAGCCACCAAGAGUCAAACCUAUCCCGGCGCCUCCACCGCUUCUGUCUAGAACACACAUACCGCUGGCUGACAGACCCACAUUCCGACCCUGUCUCCAUGACCCGCGCCUUCGGCCUCCUCCCAUGCAUCCACGACAUUCCCGGCGUAUGUCGCAAUUUCAGACGCGUCCUCCAAUCAGAGAUAGGGAGUUCGCUUGAGAGCUUCAAGCUCCCUUUCUACACGCUCGGAGGUGCAGGGACGCAUUACCCUCGUGCAGAAUCCCUUGAUAACGUACGGAGACCCGGGAAAAUAUUGCGCAGGUUGGCGCGGAUCUUGCGGCGGGGUGGUAUUCGGGAUUGGGAUGAGGAUUGGAGUGGGGAUGCGGAGCCGGAUGAUCGUCCGGAAUCCGUUGCGGAGAGAUUUAUGAGUAAAGAGGAGCGGCUGCGCUCGUUGGAUCUCGAUGGAGAUUGGUUUGAUUGUUAUGAUGUUCAGGGGUAUCUAGAGCAUCGGGGCGUCGUGCUUGACGGGUCGUCGCUGUCAUUGGAGGUACCUGCUGCGACAGUUGGAGAUCUCUACGGUGCUUCGUCGGAUACAUCUGCGUCUUACUUAUAUGGCUCGGCGAGCGAGGAUUCGCCUAGUGAGAUGAGUGGUUGGCGCUAUCUAAGCCAAUCGACUUAUGUCCUGGAUGUUGAGUGUUUCUUUGACUUAUUACUGGCCAAUUUGAGGAUUCUAGGCCGAGCGCCUGGGUUUCGAUCGUGGGAUGUGGACGCGGCUCUGCGGACGGCGAUCCACCGACGAUCACUCAGUUAA